AUGUUACGGCACAACGCUGGCAGUGACGAGAUCGUGCGCAUGGAUCUGCCUUCACCCCUCUUCCUGUCGAUGCGGCCCCAUUGGUUCUACCGCUGGCAGGAUGGGACUGUGGACACCUGGCUCCCCUUCAGCAGUGAGGACUCCCACAGGCUGGAGGAAGCCCACCAGGCCUGUGAGCAGGGUGGGGGGGUGACGGUCGCCACGGAGGGGGCGCGCUAUGACGUCAGGCUGCCUGAGAGGACGCGCAGCGCGGUGUUCUGGGAGCAGGCCCCUGCGGAGGUGCGCCGGUGCACCUGGUUCUACAAAGGGGACAAGGAAAGCCACUACACUCCCUACCCUGAAGACUUCAGCCACAGACUGGAGGAGGCCUAUUUGAUGGCGGUCACCCGGAACAAGUGGAGGGAGAAGUUGGUGUUUCCCUCAGGAGACACAUUCACACUACAUAGCUUGAAGCUAAUAACUCAGGACCAAUGGCCCAACUGCCCCUUGGAGAAGAUUAAGCCCCGAACUGUGAAGAGGGGUUUGGAGGAGAUCAUGGUGAACAUACCGGAAGGUGAGCCAGAUGCUGUGGACCACCUGGUGUUCAUGGUGCACGGGAUCGGCUCCACCUGCGACAUGAGCUUCCGGCCCCUCGUCCAGUGCGUGAAUGGAAUCAGGAGCACCUCCCUGGACCUCCUUAGCACCCAUUUUAGUGCGUCGCAAGAGGAGCGCAGCGUGGGGAGGGUGGAGUUCCUCCCGGUAAACUGGCACGACGCCCUGCACAGCGAGGCCACCGGGGUGGACCAGGACAUCAGGAGGAUCAGCCUGCCCAGCCUGGCCCGCUUGAGGGACUUUGCCACCGACACGGUGCUGGACCUCUUUUACUACAACAGCCCGACCUACUGCCAGAACAUUGUGGACAGCGUGGUGUCAGAGAUCAACCGGGUGCACGCCCUCUUCCUCCACCGACAUCCGGGCUUCGCCGGAGCCGUGUCGCUGGCCGGACACAGCCUGGGCUCACUGAUUCUCUUUGACCUCCUGACCAACCAGAAACCGGCCCCAGGCCCAGAGGCUGCUGGGAGUGAGGAGGGAGAGGCUGUCAGUAAUGGGGUCUCACUGGACUUUAAGAGCCUGGAGGAGGGUCUGGAAGGGGUGGGUCUUCAGAAGUACAUGGACCUGUUUGAGCAGGAACAGCUGGACAUGGAUUCUCUGGCUCUGUGCUCUGAGAAUGACCUGAAGGAUCUUGGGAUACCCCUGGGACCACGGAAGAAGAUUCUGAGUUUUGUGAAGAGAAGGCGGGACUCUGAGGAGGUUGGAGCAGGACUCCCACUCCUGGCCCCCAGCCUGCAGGCAUCCAGCUGCACAGAGGGCUGCAAGUAUCUGGAUAUCAGGACCGGGCAGGUGAAGGUCAGGUACCCCCAGCUGUCCUUCCAGCCCCAGGCGCUCUUUGCCCUCGGCUCCCCCAUAGGAAUGUUCCUCACAGUGCGAGGCCUAAAACGCCUGGACCCCAACUACAGCUUACCCACCUGCAAGAGCUUCUACAACAUCUACCACCCGUUUGACCCAGUGGCCUACAGGAUCGAGCCGAUGAUGGGGGCUCCAGAUUCGGAGGUUGAGGCGGUGCUGAUCCCCCAUCACAAAGGCAGGAAGCGGAUGCACCUGGAGUUGAAAGAGGGCCUGACCCGGAUGAGCAGUGACGUAAUGGGGUCCCUGCGCACUGCCUGGCAGUCCUUCUCACAGUUACCCAUCCCUGUACUGCCCCUGGUGGCCGGAGGAACAAGCACAACGAUGGACACAUCUGACAGUGAGCAAGCCAGAGCCGAGGAUGGCCAAUGGCAGCCGGGUCAGACUAAUCUCUGGAUAAGUCCCCUGGAAUGGCCAAAAGCAGUGCAACUGAAUUACUUCUCCGGUGAACAAGACGCUUUCUUAAUCCGGCCCAGUCCCCUGUCCAGCCCUGUGAUUGGUCGACCUGCUGUGAUGUCACCAGGUGAAAAGGUAGAGGAGCAGAACGUCCAGAUGGGCAUGCUGAACGGUGGCCGGCGGAUCGAUUACGUGCUGCAGGAAACGCCCUUCGAGAGCUUUAACGAGUAUCUGUUCGCCCUCCAGAGCCACCUCUGCUACUGGGAUUCAGAAGACACUGUCCUGCUGAUGUUGAAGGAGAUUUAUGGAAGGCUAGGAAUCCAACCUCAGACAGCCUUAGCAACAGAUUCAAAAACUGGAUGACUGAAUCUAGUGAUCAGUGAGGAGGUACAGAGGACUUCAGGGAUUUCAAGGGGGCAGGGGGUCCAGUCCAGAAAGAUCAGUUAUGGAAAUCCGUGUGAAUGAUAAGGAUAUUUUCCACCUAUUUUACAAGUUUGUUUUUAGAUAUUGUUUUUUAAAUAGCAUAUUCCUUGGGUUAUGGUUAUGUUAAAACUUCUGACAGCAACUAUUUGCACCCAGGUGUACGUAGAAACUUCAACUAUUUACACCCUGGUCUAUAUACUAUAGUAACUCAUGCUAUUUACCCCCUGGUCUAUAUAGUAACUCAUGCUAUUUACCCCCUGGUCUAUAUACUAUAGUAACUCAUGCUAUUUACCCCCUGGUCUAUAUACUAUAGUAACUCAUGCUAUUUACCCCCUGGUCUAUAUACUAUAGUAACUCAUGCUGUUUGCACCGGAUGCAUCAAGACUAUUUGCACCUAGGUGUACACAGGCACUUGAACUAGUUACAGUCUGGUGUACAGUAUAUAGUACUGUAUGCUAUCUUUACCUAGCUGUAUUUGGCUAUGACAGGCCAUGCACACCCAGAUCUUAAGUAUUUUUGAAUUUUUUUUAAACUUGUGUAAAUGGCGUUCACUAAUAAAGAAGACAGUCUUGA